UUCAUACUGGUGCCAUACUUUUCCUAUUUGAAACAUUUAAAGAGUUUGAACAUGGGUCACCAUGUAUUAUUAGCAAUAAAACUAUUGCUUUAUGUUUACAGAUUAUUGAUAAUACGGUUAAUUAAAAGUAAUCAUGGCAGCGGCUAAAGGGAAGUUACUUGCAGUGAUUGCAGAUGAAGACACAUGCACAGGAUUUCUCCUUGGUGGAAUUGGUGAACUCAACAAAACAAGACAACCAAAUUUUAUGGUUGUAGAUAAGGAUACUCCCAGUUCUGAAAUUGAAGACCAGAUGAAGACAUUCCUCAGCCGCCGAGAUAUUGCAAUUGUACUCAUCAGCCAAACAAUUGCUGAAGUUGUACGGUACAUUAUAGAUGCUCAUGAUGAACCUAUACCAACAAUUCUUGAAAUUCCAUCUAAGGAUUCACCAUACGAUCCAUCAAAAGACUCUAUAUUGAGGCGAGCGAAAGGAAUGUUCAGUGCGGAUGAUUUCAGAUGAAAACUUGAUAAUGAAUAUCUGAAUGUUGCAGUUAUUGUCAUGGUCACAGAUAUAUUUUUGUUCUUUCAUAUUGUUAUAUUAUUUCCUUAAAAUCUAUUCAGAUAAGUUUGGGUUUACUAGGACAUUUUCUUAUUAAUAAGCAUUUGCUCCAAUCUUCAUUCCUUCAAGAAUAAUAAUUAACUUUUCAAUAACUGAGCUAUUUGGCAAUACUGAUUUUUCAUGCAAUUUUCCAUUACUGGUACUAAUUUGUUGAAAAUUGACAAGGAUUAAAUGACUUUUCCUGAUGAAUAGUUUCCAUACUAUUCAACUAACUUGACAUUUAUAAUAGGCUUUUUAUACAAAUAUACUUGUCUGUGAUAGUUUUCAAGUUCAUUUCUUGUUUAAAGUCAGUUGUGCAAUAAAGUUGACACUUCAGUA